UGGGAAAAAAAAGCGAACUUGCUUUCUUCAGUUGUUUGAGCCUCACGUCAUGGAAAGAGUUACUUUGUUGCGGCGCUGAGGAAUAAACCCAGAAAAACAUCCCCGCGUGUGGAUCGUCUGUGGGACCUGAUCGCUGCGGAUUGCUGCUUUUGGAGUGAAAUGAUCGAGGAUCGCCCGAAGAUGCGCAGGAACCUGUUUACAAGGAAAACGCAGCGAGUUUGAGAGAAUGUGGAGCUCAGGGAUGCCAUUACUCAUCCCUGCGGUUCCCCUCACGCCAGGCCACUUUGUCCUGGAGAUAUUUUCACCGCGGAUCCUUUCUAGGCUCCGCUAACGAGCAGCAAGUGUCCGGGGAAUCGGGGAACGACGUGACGCUGGUGUCCACUUUGUGAGGAUUAAAACCACCGGCGGUGCUUCACCGAGGAGAUCGUUGGAGAAACCAGCUUUGUUUCUGAACCUGUUGAGUUCCUGAUGCGAGAUGAGGCAGCGAGUCUCCCUGUUAUGAGGGAGUCAGUGUGUUGUAGAGCCUCUGCAGCCUGAACUUACUGUUGGAUAUUUAAACACAAUAGAUUCUAGGACAAUAGAGCGACAGCCUCGAUGGGCUGAGGAUGCUAGUGGUCACAGUGGGUAUAUUUCAGACUGUUGUUAGUUCUACAUAACUCUUUACUUCUGCUGUGUUUCUAAAGUUUCACAUCAUUAAAUUUACAUAAAGGUCAUAGUGCCGCUGCACACCUGAUCCAGCAGCUGCCAUGUAAUUUGAGACUAGUUUCAAUAUUACAGUGAGCUUGUGUCAGAAGUUUCCAACACAGCAUGCAUCCACACAAGAGCAUCAGUAUAAUCUAGGCACUAUGUGCGUGUAGAAUUUUGUGGUUUGGGACCAACUUGAGUAUCAAGAUGUCAGUGAAAGCCAAAGCCAUCUACACCUUCCAAAGUGAAAACAAAGAGGAGAUCAGCAUCCAGGAGAGCGAGGAACUGGUCAUCUUCGAUGAGAACUCAGUGGACGGCUGGUUCAAGGGGGAGAACAGCCGAGGGGAGAGGGGUCUCUUCCCAGCGUCUUACGUGGAAGUCAUUCGCACUCGCUCAAACUCCAAUGUGACUGACUGCUCCAUCAGCCCAGCAGGCUCUCUGGGAAAGGACUCCUCCUAUUUCCACUCGAGUCCCAUCACCCCUCCUCAUUUGCAGCAGCCGUAUGAUGACGACGAAGAUGACGACUGGGACGACUGGGAUGACAGGUCCACAGUGGUGGAGGAUGCAGACUACUCAAGGAGCCCUGGGGCCAAUGGACAUGCCCAUCAAAGCCCACUGUCCAACAACCCCAAUGUACACUACCGGCCCAAACCACACAUGGAGCGACAGGACAGCAUCUCCAGCUCCAGGAAAGGCAGUAUGGUGGGCAGGAACCUGAAUCGAUUUUCCAGCUUUGUCCGCUCAGGGGUGGAAGCGUUUGUUCUGGGUGAUGUACCCAUGAUGGCAAAGAUAGCUGAGUCAUACACCAUCGACAUGGGUCCUUUGGGACCCCUGUGGAAGGCAAACCCACAGCCUUUCGCCUGCUCAAUUGAAGACCCCACAAAACAGACAAAGUUCAAGGGCAUCAAGACCUACAUUUCUUACCGGGUCACGCCGAGCCACACAGGGCGCCCCGUCUACAGACGUUACAAACACUUUGACUGGCUGUACAACCGCUUACUGCACAAGUUCACUGUGAUCUCUGUGCCUCACCUGCCUGAGAAGCAGGCCACGGGGCGAUUUGAGGAAGACUUCAUCGAGAAGCGCAAGAGACGACUGGUACUGUGGAUGAACCACAUGACCAGUCACCCGGUCCUCUCUCAGUAUGAAGGCUUGGAGCACUUUCUAAUGUGCGCUGACGACAAACAGUGGAAACUUGGAAAGAGACGGGCGGAGAAGGACGAGAUGGUGGGCGCCCAUUUCAUGCUGACCCUCCAGAUCCCCAACGAGCACCAGGACCUUCAGGAUGUAGAGGAGCGGGUCGACACCUUCAAGUCCUUCGCUAAAAAAAUGGACGACAGUGUGAUGCAGCUCACGCAUGUUGCCUCGGAGCUGGUGCGUAAACACCUUGGUGGGUUCAGGAAGGAGUUCCAGCGGCUGGGAAAUGCCUUCCAGUCCAUCAGCCAGGCUUUCAUGCUGGACCCUCCCCACAGCUCAGACUCCCUCAACAACGCCAUCUCCCAUACAGGCCGCACCUACGAGAACAUUGGAGAGUUGUUUGCAGAGCAACCUAAGUAUGACCUCUUCCAAAUGCUGGACAAGCUGUCGCUCUACCAAGGCCUGCUUGCCAACUUCCCUGACAUUAUUCAUCUACAGAAAGGUGCCUUUGCCAAGGUGAAAGAGAGCCAGCGGAUGACCGACGAAGGGAAGAUGGACCAGGACGAGGCCGACGGCAUUAGGAAACGCUGCCGGACGGUCGGGUUUGCCCUCCAGGCAGAGAUGAGCCACUUCCAUCAGCAGCGAGAGGUGGACUUCAAAGACAUGAUGCAGGCCUACCUCAGGGAGCAGAUAGCCUUUUACCAGCGUGUUGUCCAGCAACUGGAGCGCACCCUGCGCAUGUACGACUCUCUGUAAAGACACCGAAAUUCUGCCCAGCACAAGAUGCCAAAAAACACAGAAAAUAACAAAAGGAAAAUCUCUAUUGAGGCGUUUUGUGUUUUGUUCUGUAUUUGGCCCAAUUUGAAAAGAGAUGAAUGAAGCAGUAGUUACUGGACGACACACAGAGACCCAGUCACUCUUUCACCUUCAUGGAUUCAAAGUCAUAUUUUUUGCAAAGACCUACUGUACCUUUUUGUUCUGACAUCACAUAGGCAGUGUAACAGCAUAUUUUUCAUUUAGACAUAAUUUAGGUUGUUUGUAACAUUAAGAUAAGAAUAUAGGUUUCAAAUUCAUAGUGGAUCAGUGCUUUAUUGUUCAUAGUGUAACACAUGAAAGCCAUGAAACGGGUUUUAUUUUGAAAUUGUCCCCCAUCUCUCCAACAUCGUGCACUUUGGCUUCUCCAGGGACAGAUUCAAGUUGCUUCGAUUAUUUUAAAACGAAAUUUAUAAACAUUCCAAAUGUUGUUUUUUUUUAUUCAGCUUUUUAGUAUUUUAUCAUGUCACUUUAGUGAAGAGAAAAGAGAAGACAAGAAAAUAGUAUUUGUACGAUAUAGUGUAGGGGAAUUUAACCAUCGCCUCCUCUGGUUCUUGUUAAGGGCUCAACUUGCUCAGGUGUUCACUGCUUUGUUUCCUUUACGUUACUCCUGUAAUCUCCUAAUACAGAGGCCGGUGUAAACCUCACAACAUGUUAAUGACUCCAUGUCAAUAAGUUUCAUUUCCUUACUUUUCUUCAUAAAGUAAGUGCCUUUAAAGAUGCAACACAUUCCUAUGGAUUCUUUUUGAAAUGGACCAUUUGUCUUGUGAUUGGCCUGUGUGUUUUUUGGGAGUGAGUUGUUGGAAUGAUUUGUGUUUAGGCACAAGUUUGCACAUGUUUCUAUGUACUGGUGGGUCAUUGUGUGUGUUUGUGUGUGUGUGUGUGUGUAUGUGUAUGUUUAUGUGUAGGCGAGUGAAUGAAAUGAGUCAACAACUGUGCUGAUCGAUUCCAUUUGCCAUGGUGAAAAACAAUUCUUUAUUCUAUGUAGGAGCGGAUUUAUUCAGCCGUCAAACAUGAAAAAUUGUGUUGACUUGAAUGCGUGACUGAGGCAGAAUAUCAAUUUGGCAUUUUUGUGUUUGUAGUAGAUCAUUUACUUGACAUACGGUAAAAACAAGUGCUUCUUGUUACCGGAUCAUUGUGUUUCAUGUAUUUGGGUAAAAUAAAAACAGUUGGUUCAUUGUCUAGAACUUUAAAACCAUGUCUAAGUCAAGAUAAUGUAGCCAUAAUAUCAUAUAAAAUAUGUAACAUUUGUCAUUUUUUUUAUUUUAUGCAGAGUUAGUGAGAAGAUUGAAACUCCCCUCAUGUCUGUUUUUUAACAUAUGAAGUUACAGCCAUAUAGUGUAGUAAGUAUUAUCACUUUACUCUGCUCAAACAUAACACCAUCCCCUCUGACGCCGGGUAUACACUGUAUGAUUUGAGCUUUGGAUUUCUGAGACGCAUGACUCAUUUUAGAGUUUGAGCAAUUUUCAGCUUCGUCUCGCAUCGUUUGUUGUGCAGUGUACAGGGGGUGCGAGGAGCGAUCAGUUCCUUGGUCGGCCAUCGUUGCACAGUUGAGGAGAAUCACGAGUCGAUUCCCCCAAAGUCCGCACCUUUUCCCUUCACUGCAUCUACGUGAAAUGGCAAAACACAAUCGUAAAAAGUGUAGUUUAGGGCUGGAAGCGAUUGACCAGCAAGAAAGAAAAAGGUGAUAAGAAGGUUCUUUCAAUACAGUAAUCAGAGUGUAGCUAGUUAUCAAUUUACAAUAUAGGAGCUUCAAACAUAAAUGCUUUCUUUCUGCACAAUAGCCAAACCAUGCUAACGUCUUCCAAGCCACCAGCUUGUCCACAUUUCAAGACAUUUCUUUGUGGGAAGUUUGACACACAGAAUAAUCCAUAUUAUCAAGGCAGCUUGUUUCUCCCUUUUUAGCAUCGUUAGCUAACAAACUUGGACUUCUUCUUUGACAAAAGCACUGGUCCAGAGCUGAUCUGGAGGAACUGAAGCGACAAACAACGUGAGUCAGGUCGUGUCAGACAAUCAGACCGUAUGUGAGCAUGUAAAUAGUGAGCUUUAACUUUCCAUCUUGGAUGAUUUACUCGUACGGUGUGAGGUGGAAUUUAACAUUUGAAGUCACACCUUGGGCCCCGAGCUUACAAAUGAACUGCUAAUCUGUCUAAAAUCAGCUGUAAGUCUGUUUUGCAAGCGGUUAUGUCUCCACUUAUUCAAGAAGUAGUCUGGCACACAACCCCAACUUGUCAUUGUCGCAAUCAGGUUUUUGUGCAGAGUAAACAAACAAGAUACAUUGUGAUAAGGUUUGUUACCCUUGCAGAUAAACAUCUUUGGGUUAUCAGUCUUCUCCUUUAACUCUGUAAUAAAGCAAACAUCUCCCACAAUGACACAUUAAUAAUGAUCAAUGCACCAUAUUUUGCUGAGAGAUUUAGUUUAAAAUCUUGUCACAUUUUGUUAUUCCCCACAUCAAAUGAAACAAUGAGGAUUUGACUCCCACUCCUCUCUAAGUCAGUAAAUAAAGUUGUUCCAGUAACAUUACUCAUCCUAUUUAACAAGGGGGAUAUUUCACGGAAACUUGUGGUGUAGACGAGAGGCUAUCUUUAGCAUCGUCUCAACCUUAGGUGUACGUGGAGUUGCAUUAAUAAGCAUUAACUCAAGAAGCUUUUCAGUUGUGAGACACAGAUUCUUCACUUUGAUGGAAGAGGGAUUGAUGUCUUUGGGUGAGGAAGAAAGUGCUGAUUCAGAUUCCAGAUCUCCUCAGUAAACAAGUGACCUGCCCGGCCUGCGUGUGUAUGUGUGUGACUCAGAUAUGAGUGUUGCCUCAGUUACCGGUCCACAUCUGCAGCCUUCAGCACAUCGCUGUCUAAAUGUGCUGUUUUCUACAUUUGUUUGUCUUUGAACAAACCUCUGCUUCUCAUACGUCAGCUUUUUCACUCAUCACAGUUUCUCCGAGACCAAAGAAGUCAGACAUGUCAGACAUGUCCACCAAGGUUCCUCUUUUAAACAUCUGUUUAGUGUCGUGAAAUUAACGUGGUUUUUGUAACUAAAUCUGGAAACUGUGAAGAGAACACAGAGAAAAAAAACAUUCCCCAGCCAGGUUUCACAAUGACACUUGCCUCUCAUGUUCCAAAGUCACAUGAUAAUUUAGAUGCCAGGCAUUUCCCACAGGUGACUGUUUCUUAACAUGCAUGUGUCACCUGGUGAGUUGCUGGAGCUCUAUGCUUUAGUUUCAGUGUCUGAAAUAACAAGACGGUGAUUUCCACUUAGUAAUUUGUCACGUGAUUUACGGGAAGGGCACCUAGAAAAUAAUAAUAAAAGCAAUGAUGUCUUUCUA